CUUCGACCCUGAGAAAAGGAGGCCAGGGGGUGAGGAAAAAAAAAAAGAAAAUAAAUCCAAGGAGUUAACCGACUCGUUCCCGUUGCUCCUGUUGGUCAUGCGCGAAGGCGCGGGGGGAGGCGAGAAAGAGAGAAAGAGAAAAAAUGGAAACGGGAAAGAGAGAGAGAGAGAGAUACGCGGAAACGGGAAAAGGCCCGGUGAAAGCCUGUCGUCCUUGCAGGCAUCCUGCCUAACGGCGAGUACAUGCACGUCCUGCCCGACGAGGUCGAGGACCUCGACGACACCUAGAGGGACGAGUCCAGGGCCCAGGUGCUCGCGCAAUCAGAGGCAGAAGAGUAAAGGCGGCGGAAGCAGUUGCUGCUCGGCCUCCUGCUGCAUACUCUAAAGCUCCGCCGGCCGCCCUGGACACCCUUUAGGCGGAUGCGCCGGAGUCACGUCGAAGAUGGGCCAUGGUUUCUCUGAAGGUUUUAUGCUGAAGUACGAUCGCUAGUGGUCGAGGCCCGCGACUAGCCGGGCGGGAUGCGGCCCCAGGAGGCGGCCGACCAACCGGGCGGCCCGAGCCACCUCGCGGCGCCCGGAGAUUGGCCGGCGGUCACGUGACCCGCCGAGAAGCGGCGGCCAUGUCGGAUGUCUAGACCCAGGGGAGUCUAGGGGAGUCCGGUCGUCCGGUCGCGGUCGCGGUCGCGGCGCGCUCCGAUUGGCCGGUCGCGGCACCCCUCGCUCCGAUUGGUCGGGCCGGCGGUGCCGGGCCACUAUCCACCUACCGCAGCAUUAUUACGAUUACUGUAGAUGGGUCAUGCGUGUAUGAGUGCGUACUUGAGCGCGAGCGAAGCGCGAGCGAAGCGCGAGUGUCUGCCUGCCUGAGAACGCGCGCGAGGACGGAGAGAAUAAAUUUAUGUUGUGAUAUGCAGAUAGUAGGUACAUAUAUAUAUAUAUACGAAAAAUAUAUAUAUUAUACAUACUAUUAUUAUAUAUAUAUAUACAUAUAUAUGAUCGGCACGAGGCACGUUGACGACGCGCGGUUCGAGAGCCCCCCCCUAUUCGGAUUAGAGACUUUGUUACCCCGCGAAUCGGUGUCGUACCUACGGCGCCGUCCUCUUCGACGCCACUUUGGGGCCGCGAGACGACCGACCGGCGGACGAAGCCCGUUGGAUCUCUGACGGUAGUUACGAUCGAAUUAAAAAGUCAGAUAUAUUAUAUAUAUAUAUAUAUUCCCCCCGCUAGAGCCCCUCGACCGCCCGCGGACUCCUUUACUCGACGCCUUUCCGCGCAUCGGCCUCGCGGUCCCCGUCCCGGUACCUAACCUAGAACCUCUUACCAUUAUCACUAGGUUGGGGAAUAGGUUCGUAGCGUUUUUAUAAUAAGAGUCUUUGAUAAAAACGCUAUGAAUUUAUUCCCAAACCUAAUAUAUACAGUUAGGCCCAACCAAACCAAUCGCGCGCGCCCGCCAGAGAGAGAGGGAUAGAGAAAGAGAGAGAGAGAGAGAGGAGUCCUCGCAGCCGUGCUCUCUCCCACGCUCCGUGCUCUCUGCUCUACCGCACUCUUACCGACGCAUUAACCACACGUGUACAUAUAUACCUAUUGUCGUCUCUCUGUGUAGCCCCGAGCCGACGCCGAGGAUCGCCGAUCGAGAGCGCGCUGCGUUCCCUUAUUUCGUUUCCUCUCGGGAGAAGAGAGUGGCCCUCCCGACCGGACCGACCCGCGCAUUUACGCUCCCCGGGUUAAAGAAGGCCGGGCCCGAUUCCACGGACUCGUAAGCUUGCCCUGCAUCUCCCUCUUUCUCUCUCUCUCUCUCUCCUCUUUACUCGAGGUAUCCUCCCGUAGGUAAUACAUACACCACUUACGCGUACGUCUCUGUAUAUCUAUCUAUCUAUCCAUCUAUCUAUCCACGCCUAUCUAUCUAUCUACCUAUACGCAUACGUAUAUAUAUACAUAUGUAUACAUAUAUCUAAUGAAAACGGAAAAUUCUAGCUUCUCCAGCCGGUCGCAGGGCCCGGCCGGGCAGUUUCUCGGCUUCCGGGGGUCUCCCACGAUUUAUCGUCCACCCGAAGAGACUCCAGGAAACGCUCCGGGAUCCUCCGCGGGAACCUCCGGGCGAAGGGGAGAAAUCGGCGAUAUUGGCGAUGUCGGCGCUCCGAUUGGAUUUUCAACGACUACCAUCGGAGAGUGAACUUCUCUCGUCCUCGAGAAAUCGGAUCAUCUUCUUCUCUUUUGUGGGACCCGGACGAAUGACCCCUUCGCCCGGAGGAGGAAAAAGUCGAAAACUGCCCGGCUGACCACCUGCGACGUGGCUCGGUAGUAUUUAUGGUAGAGGUGUUCGGAAAUCGUCUCGAGCGUAUGGUAUUAUUUUUUUUCUCUCUCCUUUUCCCCCCGUUUUUCUCCGGCCGGAGAACGAGCGGGUCGAACGGUCGUAGAGGCACGUCGGUGGGCCGGCAUUUAUUUGCGAAUCGUCGAAAGUAGCCGAUGGGCGAUUAAUCGUGUACAUUUCUCGGUGGGAGGGAGAGUGAGAGAGAGGGGGGUGCCCCUUGGGGGGUCUUCAUUGUACAUAGAUCGGCGCGUCCUCUUAGGGGUUGCCGGCUCGCCGGAGGACCGUUCCCGUAUUUAUUGCGACCCGCGGGCGGUAAUUUGUCAACGUGCAAUCGACGCGGUCCUACGAUAUUCCUCCCGCGCUCUGAAUUCCUCGCGAUCGCAAUUUAUUGACGUCCUCGCCUUCGCCAAAAUUUCAAACGACCCGAGGGGUAAUUCCGUUAACGGGGAAUCGGUGCGAAACUUUCGAUAUUCCUCGCUGAUCUUCGAUUACCGCGAUCGACGCGCAUGCGCGACCGGAAGUCCAGGCGGACCCGAGAAGCGUAGGGUACCUAGGUGGGGGAGCUUUCGACUGACCGUCCUGCGAGGGGAUGCGCCGGAUAACCGAGGGCGCGUCUCGUCCGAAAGUGUGAAGAAAAUUCUAUUUUGUUUAUCGGGGAGGAGGGAAACGGGAAUAGGGGACGCGAUUCGUCGGCCGAGGUCGUCAUCGUAACUUCCUCCCGCGUAUAUAUUUCUCUCUCUCUCUCUUUCUCUCCGCCGAUUCGGGAGGCGGGUCGAUCGUCCCGACGCCUUUAAUUAUUUACCCCCUGACCCUCCUCUCGCGUCCUAUUUCUCGUGUCAUCCCUUUUGCCCCCCUGCCGGGGAAGGGCCGGCGAUUCUUCUCCGUCUCCCUUCGAUCGCCGAACGCCGAUUUACACCGGGCAAGAGGGCGCGAUUUUGAGGUUAUACGCGAGGGCCGGGAUUUUGAGGUUAUACGCGAGAGGCCGCGACGAGCGACGCGCUGGACCCGGCCUUUGCGUAUACGUAUAUAUAUAUAUGUAUAUCGUUGAAUCGCUGGUAGGCACACCGUAGCCGAUAAUUCUCAUCUGUAAAUAGGACGAUUGGUACACCUCUCGAAGGGCUAGUAAAUGUUUUAGGCCGUUUCCGAGGGUAGCGACGAACGGCGAGUUUGUCCGUCGAUUCGCUCGAGGCACGAGCGAAACGGCGGUUUCUCGUCUAUCCUAUCUUCGUCCCCCGGUCUCGUUCCCUCCUCCCUCGCGGGAAUUUUCAAAACGGCGCGGGCUCGGCCGACGAACUCGGCCACGGGGAUCGCGGAUCGAGUAGACGGGACAUGUCGCGCGAUCGAUCGGUUCGCGUGCAUGCGCGCGGCGACCGCCAGGGGGCCCCCCCUCCGUUUGCGCAGACUUACUUUUAAGCUUACGUUACACAACCUCAUUUGUAAAUAUUAGAUCGUAUUUUUGUCUUUAAUGUAAAAUCAACGAGGAUUUUAACUGCAACUAAUGACUUAGUUCUUAGCGUUAAGGAGAAAUAAAGUUGGAAAACGUAAUGGGAAGGAAGCUGGCGGUGCCCGGUCAUUUAUCUCUUCCUGACGUCGGAGGACUUUAUUCCGGAACUGUUUCUAGAGGACGAGACACGUAAUUCAUGUACUCGGGUAAGGAAGUAGCGAAGUGUCUGGUUGCUUUUGUUAUUUUCUUUUUUUUAUUGGAGAACGGUGGCGCACUGCGGUAGCGACUUGAAACUGGUCCACGUUUAUAUUGGACGCGUUUCUUAUUUAAACGCGAGGUAAUUUCUGGAGUGUGCUCGCUUUCGUUACUCUCCUCGGAAUGUAGUUUGUGGAAAUGUCGGUUCAAAAUGCGCGCGUCGCGGUUCGACGGCAUGCCGGGAGGUGGCGGUAGUGGGCGGUCGUUGCGCAGGUCUGUCUCGCGUCUACACGUGUCGGCAAGUUAGUACAAACAUGGCUCUUCGCGGAUCGUUGUCUCAAUUUGUGUCGUGCGGAAAAGACAAGUGUUGGAGAAAAUACUUAACAGGAAGUACGCGUGCUUAUUCCGCGGAACCUAGAGCGGAUCAUGCGGAAGACGGUACGACGCACUUCGGGUUCGAAACCGUCAAGGAGAGCGAGAAGACGAAGAAAGUGCACAGUGUAUUCGAAAAUGUAGCCAAUUCGUACGACGUAAUGAACGAUGCGAUGAGUCUGGGCAUACAUCGCAUUUGGAAGGAUAUCUUUAUCGAGACUUUAGCUCCCACGCAUGGGUGUCGAUUGCUAGACUGUGCAGGUGGAACGGGAGAUAUAACGUUUCGAUACUUAAAUUAUCUGAAGAAAACUACAAAUUCUAAGAAGGUUCAAAGUCACGUCACGGUUAGUGACAUCAACGAGCAUAUGUUGGAGGUUGGGAAAAUUAGAGCUCGGCGUUUAGGCUGGACCGUGGAAAAUGGCUGCGAUAUCGAUUGGCAAUGUGCUAACGCAGAGAAAUUGCCCUUUGCGGAUGAAUCCUUCACCGCGUAUACAAUUGCAUUUGGCAUAAGAAACGUAACUCACGUCGAAGAGGCCUUAUCGGAAGCUUAUAGAGUACUUCGACCAGGAGGCCGAUUUCUGUGCCUAGAAUUCAGUCAAGUGAACAACGAAAUGCUUCGAUGGUUGUACGACAAGUACUCAUUCCAAGUAAUACCCGUAAUGGGGACCUUAAUCGCUGGACAGUGGGAAGCAUAUCGGUAUCUCGUAGAGAGUAUAAGGAGAUUCCCGAAGCAGGAGGAUUUCAAAGUACGUUUUAAAAAGCUAGCCCUUCCACGAGUCAACGAUGCCAGGAUUCAUUUCGAAUUUAUUCCAGGACAUGAUCGAAGGGGUCGGCUUUAGACAAGUGACUUACAAGAACCUGACAUUUGGAGUCGUAGCCAUACACUCGGGUUUCAAGUUGUGAGACUCGAGCACCCUAAUUCUACAUGUAAAUAAAACGGUAUCCUUCAAUCCCAAGUGGUUAAAAGUGCGUUUCUCGGUUACCAUGUCAACGAGUAUUACCUCGAGUCUUACAAAGUGAAACCCUCGUUCUCGAUUAACCAUAAAACCGAAAAGAAAAAACCGUUCAAGCCGACCUAAAGGAUUACAAAUGAACCACGGAAAUGCGCGAUGGGAGAGAUAUCCAAAGAGAGUCGUGUUAUCUUUAGAGACAACUGUAUUAGUAUUUAGUAUUGGAGAAUGCAGCUUCAGACAGAGCAGGUAAUGAGAUACACACAAUAUAGUCCAUCCAAAGGUC